AUGGGCUUCAAGAAGUUUUUCAAGAUCUCCCGCCGGGGCAUCCGGCCCUACGCCUCCGAGUUCCUGGGCACCGCCCUGCUGAUAGUCAUCGGCGAGGGCGUGAUCGCGCAGUGCCUGCUGUCCGACUUCCACAACGGCACCUGGGUCUCGAUCAACCUGGCGUGGGCGGCCGCCGUGGCGCUGACCUCGUUCCUGUCCGACCCCAGCCCGUCCGUCAACCCGGCCGUCACGCUGGUCAUGGCGCUCGUCCGGCCCUCGCACCAGCACUGGCGCGAGGUGCCCGGCAAGCUGCUGGCGCAGUUCUCGGGCGCCUUCGUCGGCGCCGCGCUCGUCUACGUCAACUACCGCUCCGCCAUCCUCGAGUGGGACCCCGAGUACACCAUCCCCGGCGGCUCCAUCAUCAGCCCCAUGGGCCACCACUCCGCCGGUAUCUUCGCCACGUAUCCCUCCGCCUGGCUCCAGUCUAAUUGGGAGGCCGUGUUCCAGGAGGUCCUGGCCUCCUCCGUGCUCAUGUUCUGCGUCUUGAGCAUCGCUGAGGGGCCCAACACCCGCUUCGGCGCUCCGCAGGUCUCUAUCUUCAUCCUGAUGGUGGCAAUUGGCGCCGCUCUCGGCUGGCAGACCGGAUACGCCAUCAAUCCGGCGCGAGACUUCGGUCCCAGGUUGUUCUCCGCCAUCAUGUACGGCAGGGAAGUUUUCACCGCUGCCAACUACUACUGCUUUGUUCCUCUAUUCGCGCCCAUCUUUGGAUGUCUUGUCGGCGCGACCGUUUACGAUGCUGUCCUGUACGACGGCGAAGGCUCUAUUAUUGCCGAUGCCGCUGACAAAGCUUCCUCGGACCACCACGGCCCUCUGCGGUUGCUGGACUAA